UUCUGAUUGUGAGCGAAAAUUGCAAAAUAAAGAGAGCGUCGUGUAGAAAAAGGGAGCAUCUUGGAGCUGAGUUUAAGAGAGUGAGCGACGAAACCCUAAAAUAUUAUUCUGGAUUCUGAAUCUGGAUUUCAUGGCGUGCUUCUUCUCCAUUAAAGGGGUACCUGGGGAUAUCUAGUUUUUAUCAUUUUAAUUUUUUUGUAAAAUUCUUAGGCCUAAUCUAUUGAUUGGAAUGUGUUCUUUCCCUUCUCCCUUCGCUGCUUCCUCUUGCCAGAUUCAGAUCUUUGCUGGUCCAUGUGAUGUAAAAAGUACUUGCUUGUGAGAAGGAGGAGAUUGCAAUAAAAGUUUUGAAUUGUUCGCAUAACUAUCAUUUUAUUUUUCAAGUCAUUAAGGAUUUUGAUGGGGUCUUUUUUGAGCUUCCCAGUUAACAAAUCUCAAGAAAAGUUGUGUUGUGAGGUUUCUCAGGCUGAGGUCUCUAGCAAGAGGCUGAAGUUGUCAGCAAGUUUUAACAAUGAUAAUCCAAGGCUUAUCUCAAGCUUACCUGAUGAAAUUUCCCAGCAAAUCCUUGCAAGAAUACCUAGGAUUUAUUACUUGGGAAUGAAGCUGGUAUCACGAAGCUGGAAAGCUGCUAUAACUAGUGCUGAAAUCUAUCAGCUUAGAAAGGAGCUCGGAACAACAGAAGAGUGGCUCUAUAUUCUGACAAAGGUUGAAGAUGAUAAGCUCCGUUGGCAUGCUUUGGACCCCUUAGCUGGAAAAUGGCAGAAGCUGCCACCCAUGCCUAAUCUUGUAUGUGAGGAGAAAUCUAAGAGGGGGCUUUCUGGAUUUCUUAUGUGGAAUGUGAUGGGCUCCAGCAUUAGAAUUGCUGAUGUUAUCAGAGGCUGGCUUGGCCGGAGGGAUACCCUGGAACGUCUUCCAUUUUGUGGCUGUGCCAUCGGAACCGUCGAUGGUUGCCUCUAUGUGUUAGGUGGUUUUUCCAGAGCAUUUGCCAUGAAAUGUGUUUGGCGAUAUGAUCCUGUUGUCAAUAUGUGGCAGGAAGUGAAUUCCAUGACCACUGGGAGGGCUUUCUGUAAGGCCAGUCUCCUGAACAACAAACUUUAUGUUGUCGGCGGAGUCAGUAAAGGCCGCGGGGGUUUGACUCCUUUGCAAUCUGCUGAAGUCUAUGAUCCUAAAACUGGUUUCUGGACAGAAGUUAAAAACAUGCCAUUCUCGAAAGCUCAGACUCUGCCUACUGCUUUCCUAGCUGAACUGCUGAAGCCCAUUGCAACUGGAAUGACUUCAUACAGAGGAAAGUUGUGUGUCCCUCAAAGUUUGUACUCUUGGCCCUUUUUUGUUGAUGUUGGUGGUGAGAUCUACGAUCCAGAGACUGAUUCGUGGGCGGACAUGCCUGCUGGUAUGGGUGAAGGUUGGCCUGCAAGGCAGGCAGGGACAAAAUUGAGUGUGGUUGUAAAUGGUGAGUUAUAUGCUUUGGAACCUUCUAGCUCCUUGGAUAGUGGUAAGAUAAAGAUAUAUGAUCACCAGGAGGAUGCCUGGAAAGUUGUUAUUAGCAAGGUUCCAGUUCAUGAUUUUACUGAUGCAGAAUCUCCUUAUUUACUUGCUGGCCUUUUUGGGAAGCUUCAUUUAAUCACUAAAGAUGUUGAUAACGGGACUGCAGUAUUGCAAGCUGAUUUGAAAAAGCAAAUGUGCAUGCAAAAAAAUGAAUCUUCUGCUGGAGCUAGCAUCUCUGCUGAAAAUCACAGUUCUUCUGAGGCAGAAGCUGAAGUUUGGAAGGUCAUUGCUGCUAAGAAUUUCGGUGUAGCAGAAUUAGCCAGCUGCCUUGUUCUUGAUAUUUAGCUUAUGUGAUAAUGAUGCUACGAGUGCCUAACUUUACUAGCUAAAGAUUCCCUUGUUCUUUUUGCAUCUGGUUAUAGAAAAAGCAUUACAGGUGGUAUUCUUGAAGAAAUUUCGGCAACAUCUCUUUAUUAGAGUUUAUAGAGUGCAGAUAUACCUUUGAAGUAAGAAUUAAGGUGUUCGCUGGAAGGAUAUAUUUUUUAUGCUCCAAGUUAUCUAUCAUUUGUGUUCAUCUUGCCAUAAAAUCUAAGGGAUGCGUAUGUUGGUUCUCAUAGAGGAAAUUGUACUGUUCUAUCCAGAGUGUUGACUUAGUGGAUGAUAUUGGUUUCACUUAUGUAUAGAAAUAGAAGAUGAUGUGAAACUUUGAAAAAUGGUGUUGGUUUUUUCUUAUGGCGUGUUAGAUGUAAUCUUAUAUUAGUUACUUGUGAAUAUUAUAGUCGUCUCCAUGUUUCUAUGUUCUCAA